CCGUUUAGGAGAUAUCACGUUUGUACUGAAGACUGGUCCACAGCCGGCCGAACGCACUCGGCCGGACAGGAAGGGUAUUGGCUUCGCUCGGCCUUCUCCAGGACCGAUCCGGCCGCACGACCGCACCGUCCGACCCGGGAGGCAAUGGACCACGAUCGACCGAGAUCAUCACAUCACGGCCGACCCCGACGGCCGACCAUAUCCCUUGCACGGUCGACCCGAGCUCCGCAAACAAAAAGCCCACUUAUGCAGUUUCGACUAUUCUUGGCCCGUUUCACCUCAACCGACUUGUGGAAGACCUAGGGCACUAUAUAUACUCCUUUUUAGCCUCUUUAGAAGAGAGAGCCGUGAUGCGGAGUCAGGUUUUAUGAUGAUAGGUGUUUUGUGUGUAAAUAGAAAUGAAAGCAAUAGAGCAAUAGCUCGACCAGGGACUCGAGUCGAGUUGGGACAGAGCACCGAGCUCGAUCGAGUUGUGGGUCGAGUUAGCGAGAAAGACAGUAAAGGUAGCGACUUUAAUAAACUAGAGAGAGAAUUAGGGUUCAAGACAGGGUUUUGCAAUCAAAGGAAUCUACACUUAAUCCAUCCAGCUCUUAAAACUCCUUGUAUCAAGGCUUCUCUUGAUAUUGGGCUUCUCAAUGCCUAG